CAUGACGAUGUGAAGCCCGACAAUUUCUUUAUGAAAGACUCGUUAGACUGGCUACUGGGCGAUCUCGGCAACCUCAGACACGUUGGACAUCAGUGGCAUACCACUCGAUCCUGGCUGCGCCAGAAUCAGUGGGCAGACUGUCGGCUGAACGAUAUUCGGCGUGCGCUCAAAAGCUAUCUCUGGUUUCUCCGAACUGCAAGUGCUGAUACAAGCACCUUCGACAGAGCUUUCUGGAGCAGAAGUGAAGGCUGGGCGGAAAGGUACUGGGACUUUGUCAAUUCUGCCUCUGGCUUUUCAGCUGGUCCAAAUCAGAAGAGUGCUUUCGGAAGCGACCAUGUAUCACUAGCUGCGGACACGGCAAGAGAAUUGGUAUGCACGGGAGUUCCUCGGCGUUUGUGGUCGUGGCGGGAUUAUUUGCUAUGGUAUUGAUUACGACUUUAUGAGACUACGAAGCUGCAGUACGCAAUCGGAUUGAGAGACAAUCUACUGGAAAUUCUCCAAUGGAGCAAAAGACUCGAAGCGCUUGUUUUUGUCACUAUCGUGGCAAAUUCAUCAAACUGCGCCUUUCGCCAAACACGGCUUCUUUGGUACCCACUCACACCAAAAGGAUUUGCCCUCUUUUAAUAAACUCUAGUCGGACUCAGGUGUACUUAAAGGUAGACAGCACUUUGCAAGAGGCUCUUAAAGG